UUCUUUAACUGUCCUUUGUUUGUGCACGUCGCGUCUAUUGUUCCCAUGAUAAAUGCUUAGACUUCAGUCCCCGUGAGCUUGGCUGUGUGAUCAACGCAAAAGAAAAAUACCUCCAAGGACUCCAACCAACUCCUUAACGCACUCCAGACAUGGCCGGGUGCAUUAAGUACCUAAAGACUGCUUCGGGGAUCCUUAAGAUAGCAGAGACAGUGACAGUGGCCACCACCUUCGGGCUCUUCAGGGGAAUUCCCUUGACCUUCGGCGACACCCACCACUUCGCCGGCAACGUAGGGACCGAUACGGACUUCUUUGCGGGCGGGGUCAUGGUGACUGCGCUGAUCGUGACUCCUUUGUUCUUCGUCUUUUAUCUCCUGGGGCGGAAAGAGAUCAGAAGGACAGGGAUGGAAAUCAUACUGAACUUCAUCCUCAGCGUCUUCCUCUUCAUAUCCGGUUCCCUUUGCCUCGCCUUUUAUAACUCGGCUGCCUUACCGAACCCUUGGAACAGCAGAGAAAAGGAAGGCAUUACGAUGGGCGUCUUCUGCUACAUCUCCGCCAGUUUCUAUUUGGUAGACACCCUCGUUGCCCUCAGGAACUUUUGUCGAAAAGAAACCGAAACGGUUGCAUGACGAAGGUGAUGCUUAUCAGAAAACGGGAAUGAUGCGUAAAUAAAGAGAAAACGUGGAUGAUGCGGAAAUGAAGAGAAAACGGGAAUGGUGCGGAAAUGAAGAGAAAACGGGAAAGAUGAGAAAAAAAGAGAAAACGUGGAUGAUGCGUAAAUAAAGAGAAAACGGGAAGGAUACAUAAAUACAGAGAAAACUGGUGUGAUGGUUCAACAACAGGAGGGUAAACUUA